AAGGCUACAAUCGUGGCCGCCCAUUUCCAAUCUCCGCGGGUGUUCUGCGCAUGCGUUCCGGCGCCGGCGCGGCCUGAUUGGCUACAGUUCGGUUGGUCUGCGCAUGCUUGCGGCGCCGGCGCGGCCUGAUUGGCUGCCGUCGGCUGACUUUGCGCGUGCUUCCUUUUCGCGCGCACUGGAGUUGUGUUGCUCCUCAGCUUCCGUUGUCUCUAGCACGUCUCCAUCCGGGCCCGGGCCCUUGUUCCCUGAUCUCAGAAUGUUCCCGGAACUCAACAACCUUCUCAACACCGCUCCUGACAAGGCGGAGCAGGGGAGAUUGACUCUACUCUGUGAUGCCAGGACUGAUGGCAGUUUCCUUGUACAUCACUUUCUCUCCUUCUACCUCAGAGCUAACUGUAAAGUCUGCUUUGUGGCCCUCAUCCAGUCCUUCAGUCAUUACAAUAUCGUGGCACAGAAACUGGGUGUCAGCCUGACCGCAGCGCGGGACCGGGGACAGCUCGUGUUUCUUGAGGGUCUCAAGUCCUCGGUGGAGGUCUUCUUCCAGACUCCGGAGGAACCACACCCUCUGCAGUUUCUCAGGGAAGCCAAGGCUGGCAACCUGCAGCCUCUGUAUGAGUUUGUGCGGACGGCCCUGACUCCCGGGGAUGACGGGGAAGCUGCAUGGAGGUGCCCGGUGCUGCUGGUGGACGACCUCAGUGUGCUGCUGAGCCUGGGCCUGGGGGCGGUGGCCGUGCUGGACUGGAUGCAGUACUGCAGAGCCACCGUGUGCUGCCAGCUGAAGGGAAACAUAGUGGCCCUCGUACAUGACAGGGAAGACACGGAGGACGAGGAGAAUGACAUCCUGCUGAACGGCCUUAGUCACCAGAGUCACCUGAUCCUGCGGACAGAGGGCCUGGCCACCGGCUUCUGCAGGGAUGUGCACGGACAAGUCCAAUGCUCUGGUCACUGCACUACUUCCUGGUCUGCUGAAGCUGCAGAUUCGGUGGAGACAGCCCACAACCCAGCGGGACCGGAGCCUCACUUAUCAGUACAAGAUACAGGACAAGAACGUGUCCUUUUUUGCUAAAGGACUGGCUCCUGCUGUUCUGUGACCUGACUGAAGGCCGCUGAGACGGACAGUUUGGGAUGUGGAAGAUGAAAGGACUGAGCAGGGACGGGUCAUCACCCCCUCGCAGCGCAUCAUGGGUCACUCGGUCAGCUUUGCUGUGACUGGUUUGGGCCUUUGUUCCCCGGACCCUCUUCAGAAAAUGCAGCGAGGAGCCUGCAGUUCUGCCUCUGUUGAGAGUUGCCACACGUUGAACCUGGUGAAGGGGCUUUCGGAGCCUCCGUGCUUUAGCCCCAACGGCUGACUGCUUCACUGGCCACACCUUUCAGGGUCAGUGUGAGUGUGAGUGGCUGUCUGGGGUGACAGGCAGAGGAUGACCGUCAUAAAGUUCUCAUAUCAAAAAGCCA